AGACUAGUGUCUUCCCUCCUCUCUCUCCGUUUGUAAAACCCUAAAAUCACAUCCAAUCAAUCGAUUCUCCCCUCCUCUCUCUAAAGUUUUCUAUUUGUCUCUUAACAACAAUUUGAAUCUUCAUUGAUUUCUCUGUAGUUUGUCCUCAUUUCCAUUUUCAUUGAAGAUCUCUUCGAUUUUAAUCCAAAUUUUGUGUUGGUGAUAUUAUAUACUAUUUUCUGUUGGUGAUAUUGAGGGCAAAGAAGACUGGCGAUUGGUGCAGAAGUCUGUUGAAUGGCGGAUACGCCGCAUCUCCAAUAUAUCUUGGAUUGUUCUCACUUAAACUUAGUACUAGGAGAAGUUGCAGUUGUGUUGAGAAAAAGAAAAGAGUGCGUUAACUUCAAUAUUUUUCAGGAAGGAGAACAAUGCUGAGUGUGGUGCGGGUGCAUCUCCCGUCUGACAUUCCCAUAGUAGGCUGUGAACUUACCCCCUAUGUUUUGUUGCGUUGUCCUGAUUCAUUACUCAUUUCUGAUGAUAUCCCUGAAUCCGCCCCUAUUUACGGCUGCUUCUUGAGAUAUAAGUGGUACCGAAUACAAAGUGAUAAAAAUGUUGCCAUGUGCAGCAUCCAUCCAUCUGAGCAAGCUACGCUGCAGUGCCUUGCAUGUGUGAAGGCCAAAAUCCCUGUUGCCAAGAGUUACCAUUGCUCCCCAAAAUGUUUCUCAGAUGCAUGGCAGCAUCAUCGUCUUCUGCAUGAACGUGCUGCUAGUGCUGUGAAUGCAAAUGGAAAUGAGGAAAAUACAGGAUCUGGUGUUAAUACAAGCUUGAUUUCUUCGCAAUCAAGCGGUAGCUUGACAAAUGGAACAACACCUUUAUAUCCUGUAGUAGUAAGUCAAAGAAAUGGUGGUGAAACCUGGUUUGAAGUUGGACGCUCUAAAACUUACACCCCAUCUGCAGAUGAUAUUGGUCACACCCUUAAAUUUGAAUGUGCUAUCAUCAAUGCAGAAACAAAAUUAUCUGUUGGAAAUGCUAGUACCAUGAUGUCUCGAGUGAUUCCUGCUCCAUCUCCUACUCCACGUCGCUUGAUUUCAGUUAGUGGAGUUGAUAUACCACUGCAUCUGGACUUAGAUAGUCGUUUAUCAUCUUCAGGAACUUUUACUGUGCUCUCAUACAACAUUCUGUCUGAUGCAUAUGCAACAAAUGAAUUGUACAGUUAUUGCCCCUCUUGGGCUCUUGCUUGGACUUACCGGAGACAAAAUCUAUUGCGUGAAAUAGUUGGCUACCGUGCAGACAUUGUUUGCCUCCAAGAGGUUCAGAGUGAUCACUUUGAAGAAUUCUUUGCUCCUGAGCUGGACAAACAUGGUUAUCAAGCUUUGUUCAAAAGAAAAACAACUGAGGUGUUCAGUGGGAAUAUCAACACCGUUGAUGGUUGUGCCACAUUUUUCCGCCGAGAUAGAUUCGCACAUGUUAAAAAAUAUGAGGUUGAGUUCAACAAAGCUGCUCAAUCUUUGACUGAAGCCUUAGUACCCAGCGCCCAAAAGAAGACCGCAUUAAAUCGUUUGCUGAAGGAUAAUAUUGCACUUAUUGUGGUUCUGGAAGCAAAGUUCAAUAACCAGGGGGUUGACAACCCUGGGAAGCGUCAACUUGUUUGUGUGGCUAACACACAUGUAAAUGUUCAUCAAGAGUUAAAGGAUGUCAGACUUUGGCAGGUUCACACACUUUUAAAAGGACUAGAGAAAAUUGCUGCUAGUGCUGACAUUCCUAUGCUGCUCUGUGGCGAUUUUAAUUCAGCUCCUGGAAGUGCUCCUCAUGCACUUGUUGCAAUGGGGAAAGUUGAUCCAAUGCAUCCAGAGUUAGCAGUGGACCCUCUUGGUAUUUUGCGUCCAGCCACAAAGUUAACGCAUCAACUGCCAUUGGUAAGUGCUUACACAUCCUUUGCCCGAAUACCUGUGGUUCCUGGACUAGAUCAGAAACGGAGGAAGCUUGAUCCCGGCACGAACGAACCUUUGUUUACAAGCUGCACCAGAGAUCAUUUUGGGACUCUUGAUUAUAUAUUCUAUUCUGCCGACUCUGUAACUGUUGAAUCGUUGUUAGAGCUCUUGGAUGAGGAAAGCUUGAGAAAAGACACAGCACUUCCUUCUCCAGAGUGGUCGUCUGAUCAUAUAGCACUCUUAGCUGGGUUUCGCUGCAAGCCUAGAACUAGGCGCUGACAAUGGGUCUUGCUUGAGGGAUGAACUUGAAAAUAGAAGCACAAAACAAUCCAAAGGACAAAUAUAAGUCAUUGUAAGAAUAGUAGCUGAUGAUAUGGCCCCCUGCCUUCUUUUUUCGGUGUCUGUGGUGGGAUAGCAGUUGAUCCUUGUAUUAUGUUACCUUAUCAUCACAUAGAUAGUUUUUAAAAUUUUGAAAAGUCAGUGGAAAUUUGCAUCAAUGUAUGUUCUUUAGAAUAAAAGCACAGUUAGAAUAGAGUUAGAGACUUGCAUAGACAGAAGUUUAGGGGCAGAGGAAGAAAAGUGGUUCAGUGUUGUGGAUUUAAUUUC